CCUAGAUCAUGGAUUCCCAAAAGGAUGUUCAGCCUCCAAAGCAGCAGCCAAUGAUUUACAUCUGCGGAGAAUGUCAUACAGAAAAUGAAAUAAAGGCAAGAGAUCCUAUCAGAUGUCGAGAAUGUGGGUACAGAAUAAUGUACAAGAAAAGGACAAAAAGAUUGGUGGUUUUUGAUGCCCGGUGAUGUGAGCUGAAGAUUUGGUGACUUCUUAUUGCAGUUCUGUACAACAGUAUUUCAGUUGAAUUUUCUGUGUAAAUCUUCUUGUGCACAAAUACAUUUUAUUUGUAUUUUAAGAUUUGAAAUAGCACUCUUCAAUGUGAUGGUAAACUUUGUCCAUUACACCUUUCCAUAAUACAUUUCUAAAGUGGUGGCUUAAACUGUUGUCUUUUUAAAUUCAGUAAUAUUGUAUUAGCUUUUAAGUCACAGUAAACUUGCUUUCAUGGUUCUCUAGUAAAUUUUGGUUUUGAACUAUGUUAAAUGUUCUUUGGACUUAAAUGAAUUGCAUAGAAACAACCUUGRAUUGUGUAAAUUUCACUGAAAAUAAAAGCUAGGUCUCAAGCAAGUAUCUAGCUUUCAAAUGGGGGAAGUCUCAGGAUUUUAGAUAAGUGUUUCCCUCAUUUGGGAAAGAAGUUUUGAAGAAUCAUCAUCAUCAUCAUCCCCUCCAUGAAGAAGGGAAGAGGAAGGAAAGAAAAAUUAAGAAACUGUGUAAAUAGAAAUUGCCGAACUGUUCCAUGACUUGGUCAUUCUUAGGGAGAGGACUGUGGCAUAAAGGUAAUUUAGGUGUGGUCCACAACUAAAAUAAGUCUGCUUUGCUUUUCACGUGAAUUCUU